AUGUUUUCUCUCUCCCUCAGGGUGGGCCUCUGGUCAUCCCUGCUUGCUGCUGUGGACUCGUCAAGUCAGACGUACUGCUACUCAGGAGGCAUCACAGCUCGAUUUUCUGCUGAGUCUCCUGCAGCUACGUGUUUCACAGUGGUGGACGGUGUAUUCGUCGACGUCUUCGCGCCGAAGUCGGAGCUGCCUGUCGAGGCUCGGCAUGGCCAUGUAAUCCCAGGUCUAUGGGAUGGACAUGGCCAUCUCGCGGCUUAUGGUGAAUUCUUGCAUUCCGUCGACCUGUUCGGCGCUUCGUCCAUAAUUGAUGUGCAUACCAGGCUGGCCACGUACCUGUCCACGCACGAGGGAGUGGGCGGCCGGGAAGAUUGGAUCAGAGGUAUAGGGUGGGACCAGAUGGCUUUGGGUGAGAUGCCCACUGCGGCAAUGCUGGAGAGUGAUGACCGCUUCAAAGGUCUCUAUAUCAUGCUGGACCGGGUGGACGUUCACUGCGUUUGGGUCUCACAGGCUGUUCUCGACCUUCUUCCCACAGAGCUGCCAGACAUUCCUGGAGGAGAAAUCGUUCGAGACCCGGGCAUGGGCGUGUUCUGCGACAACGCCAUGGAUGUUGUGAUGAGGCUUUGGCCGCGGCCGGACAACACCAAGAGGACAGCAUUCCUCAAGUCUGCCAUGGAGAGUCUGCACUCCUUUGGUCUGGUAGGGAUGCACGACGCUGGCGUGAAUCCUGAGGAGCUGCGCCUGUAUAGGGAGCUUGCUGACACCGAGGACUGGACGUUGCGGGUAUACGCAAUGAUCGAGUGCAAGGAGCGCAAUACAUUCUGCCCAGACCAUGUGUCGGCGUAUGCAGAUGGAGCUGGGUUCUUCAGUGUCAAGAGCGUGAAGCUUUUUGCUGAUGGAGCUCUAGGCAGCUGGGGCAGUGCAAUGAUCGACCCAUACUCCGACCGCCCAGAUACGACCGGCUCCCUCCUUGUAAACGCCUCCACCCUCACAGCACUCGCCAAGUCAUGGUCAUCUGAGGGCUACCAGGUUAAUAUCCACGCGAUCGGCGACCUCGCCAACCGGCUUGCCAUUGACGCUCUCGAGGCCGCGCUCCAAGAUCUUUGUUCAUCCUCCUCCUCCUCCUCCUCCUCCUCCUCCUCCUCGUCGUCGUCGUCGUCGUCGUCGUCGUCGUCGUCGUCGGAUGGGGUUCUCUCCACCUGUCAGGCGCAGCACCGUUUUCGCAUUGAACACGCGCAGACGAUUCAUCCCGCCGACCAGCAGCGUAUGAGAAGCCUCGGCAUUCUGCCCUCGGUGCAGCCGACGCACGCGACGAGCGACAUGAAGUACGCAGAGCUCCGUCUAGGCAAGGAGCGGCUCGCGUCCGAGGCCUACAGGAUGCGCUCGCUGCGCGAGGCGGGGCUAGUGCUAGGGAGUGAUUUCCCCGUGGAGCCACCGAACCCGUUUGGAGGGAUCUAUGCGGCAGUGGCAAGGCGAGACCCGCACACAGGCUUGGGGGCGGAUGGGAAGACCAAGCAGAGCUGGUACCCAGAAGAGGCUCUGAGCCUGCAGGAGGCGCUGAUAGGCUUCUCGGAAGGACCGGCAUACGGGGCGUUUCUGGAGGGGCGGGCGGGCGUCAUUCAGCCUGGUGCGUGGGCGGAUUGGGUGGUGCUGGACAGGCCCUUGGAGCAGCUUGACGUUGAGGCACUGCGGGUGCUGAAGGUCAAGGAGACCUGGGUGGGCGGCAAGCGAGUUUUUGCGAGGGAUGCAUGA